CCUCACUCUCCUUCAAGUAGACUCGACUCCCCAUUAUUGUCUUCUCAACUUCAUACUCUUGCGAUUUAGAGAUUUAGAAAUCCACCACACCAAGUUCAACUCUAACAUGUCUUUGGGACGCACCUACAAGCUCAACUCGGGAUACGAGAUCCCCGCCGUUGGUCUGGGCACAUGGCUCUCCCAGCCCCAUGAGGUCGAGGAUGCCGUCGAAGCCGCCCUGCGCGGGGGAUAUCGCCACAUCGAUGCCGCCGCCAUCUACCGCAACGAAUCCGAGGUUGGAAACGGCUGGAAGAAGUCGGGAGUUCCGCGUAGUGAGAUCUUUAUCACCAGCAAGCUAUGGAACACCCACCACCAUCCCGAGAACGUGGAAGAGGCCGUCAACAAGACUCUCAAAGAACUGCAGACGGACUACCUCGAUCUGUACUUGAUCCACUGGCCCGUCGCGUUUGAGUACAGGAACACCUUCGAGCCACCCCUAGACCCGGUCACCAAGCGCUUCCAGCUCGCGGAUGUGCCCGUUUCCGAGACGUGGAAAGCCUUGGAAAAGCUCGUCGAUGCCGGCAAGGUUCGGAGCAUUGGUGUGAGCAACUUCACCGUCGAGAAGAUCAACGAGCUGCUCAAGACCGCGAGGAUCCCUCCCGCGGCGAACCAGAUCGAGGCGCAUCCCUACUUGCUACAGCCGAAGCUUACUCAAUACCUGAAGGACAAGAACAUUCUCCCUGUCGCGUACAGCCCCCUCGGCAACAACAUCUACGAACUCCCACGUGUCGUCGACGACCCGAAGAUCCAGGAAAUCGCCCAGAAGUUGAACAAGGACCCCGCCCAGGUCCUGAUCUCAUGGGCCGUCCAACGUGGCACGGCCGUCCUGCCAAAGAGUGUCACCCCCUCGCGCAUCCAGAGCAACUUCCAAGACUUCAUCCUCUCCGACGCCGAUAUCGAAGCCAUCGACAGUCUGGAUCGCAACACGCGCUACAACUAUCCCUUCCGCUGGGGUAUUGAUAUCUUCGGGGAUCUGGGAGCCGAAGAGGCCGAGCGACGGGCCGAAGAGUUUGCUGUCAAGCUGAGAGAAAGCUCGUAGAUACUAGAUAGUUGCUUUUACGGCUUUCGAUUAUAUAUAGUUGGGGGUUAUAUAUUGAGGGGUCAUUUAUUAUUCAUCAUGGCGGUGCCUCCUGUGCGUAAUUUGGAUACAAACUCUUAAGCAAGAUUGAGAGACGGACAAGGAGGAGGAUGAAGACAAGAAGGGAGACCCCUGUCGUAAUCUGGCUACCCACAUCUGUCGUGGACGAGCAAUGGAUACAUACUGUGGGCUUUGAGAUAGCAUGGUGGUUCUGGUGGUUCUGGUUGUCCUACUGGUCCAAGGGUCUCUGGCACUAGAAUUACAACUUUGGAAACGACAGACAUGAAACGACAGACAAUGGGGUUUGUUACAGUGCCUCAAAGAAUGCUCUCGGAGGAUUGAAGAGGUAGUCAAGGCCUAUGGUCCCUUUGUAUUGGAGGAUAUUCCCGCCUUUCAGGGCUAAGGGAGUGUACCUACUUGUCACUACAUUUGCCUUGCCAUCAAGUUAC